GUAUACGUCUCAUGUAUAUUGAGAAUCAUAUUGACGUUCUUGGUCUUGGAAAAAGGCAAAUUCGACCUUGGAGUGCAACAAGGUCGUUAAUGCCUUGUUUAGAACCAACAAUACCACCUAGUUACUACGAUUGUCAUAAAAAUCAUCAACUAAUGCCUUGGCGACCAAAUAUUGGCUAUGAAAAUGUUCAAUUGGUUCCCAUAUCGAAAAAAUGUAUUUCGAAUUAUUCAGUGGAUCCAACAAUUGGAAUGUCAACAGAGCCCUUGAAAUUUCCAAAUCUUGUAACUGGUUAUCAAAAAAAUUCAAAUCAUGCAUCUCAAGGUGCUCUUCAUACAAGAUUUACACCAAAUGAAUGGUUUCAAAAACAAAUAAAAUUUUAUAAUGAAGCUGAUACAAAUACAUAUUAUUCAGAAAAAAUGAGAAAUGAUGCUGUUAAAAUAAUGCGUUCAGCUGAAGAAAAAAUUCAAAAUUCACAAUAUGAUACUGGACGUAGAUUAGGUGAAAGAAUAACAGAUGUUACAUUUUGGAGAAAUGAAAUAUCAUCUGAAUUAGAAAGAUUAAUUCAAGAAUGUGAAAGACUUCAAGAUUGUCGAAGUGUUUUAGAAAAAGCUAUUCAAGAUAUUGAAGGACCAUUACAUAUUGCUGAAGAAUGUCUUUAUCAUCGUGAAGCUAGAAAAGGUUCUGAAUUAGUUCAUGAUGAUUCAGAAAAAUCAUUGCUUUAUGAAGUUUCAAAUCUUCGUAGUAGCCAGAAAAAACUUGAAGCUUGUCUUGACAAAUGCAAAGAUCAGCUGAGAAAUUGUCGAGCAUCACAAAAUCAAUUAGAAUUGGAUUUAAAAAAUAAAGAAAGUGCUUUGGGUAUUGAUACACUUUGUCAUCAAUUGAAUAAUUACAGUCAUGGUAUACAAUAUUAUGCUGGAAUUGAAAAAUAUGAUCCAUGUGUUUCAGAACAAGAAACUUGGGCUGAUGCUGCUAAUAGAAUCGUUCAAAAAUCCCAAAAUGAAAGAGUUAGAUCAGUACAAAUACGUUCAGAAAGUGAAACACUUGUUAAUCGUGUUUCACGUGAUAUGUGGGAAAUUUGGACAAACACAAAUAAUGCAUUGGCAAGAAGAAGUUCAGAAAUGUUAGAGGCAAAGAGUCAAUUGCAACAGCAUUUACACAAGGUACAACAAGAAAUAUUUGAUGUUGAAAAAAAUUUAGAAAUAUUGCGUAAAGCAAUUGCUGAUAAAAAUUAUGCUUUACGAGUUGCUCAUACAAGACUUGAAGCAAGAAUGCAUCGUCCUGAAUUAGAACUUUGUCGUGAUUAUGUUCAUGUUAGUUUACAAAAAGAAAUUGAAGAUAUUAAUCAUCAAGUUGAAAAGAUGCAUAAAAUGUUAAAAGAAAUUGAAUGUCAACAUCAACGUUUACUUCGUACAAGAAAUUCAUUGGAGCAUGAUUUAGCACUUAAAAUUGAUGCAAUGUAUAUUGACAAAGAAAAAGUCAGUGGUCUUCGUCGAGCAUAUCCAGUCAAUGCACUUUUUAGAUUUUAAAUUAUCAAACAUAACUUUCUUAGUAUUUAUUUAAACGUCACUCUUGUUGCACACUGAAUAAGUAAAAAACCAAAUCAUUUAGAGAAAUAGAUUAAAUUGUUUCAACAUCUUGUAUAAUAUUAUUUAUUUAUUUAAAAUAUUUACUUAUAAAGAAACUUUUAAUAAAGUUAACUCAAUCGAUCCUUAACGUAGCUUGGUAUUGGCAACUCUAGACCUGGUUUAGCCUCAAAGAAAGUAUAUGACAAAACAAUAUUAUCAAUUUUUUCCAUUUUUGGAUCAUCAGCAAAUUCAGGUGAUAUAUAAAAAAAUACUGGCAUAUCCACCUUAAAUAAUAGUCAAUAAAAUAGAUAAUAAAUAUGAAUUAGUUAUAAUAAUAAAAUUUAAAAUAGAAAAAAAAAUAAUAUAAA